AUGUUGGAGGUGCCGAAGGUUUCAGGCGACUCGCUGAGCCUCAUCGUCGUGACGGACGCGGAGGAAGGCCCCGAUUUCUUGAAGCGCGCCGAGAAGCUUAUGGGCGAGACCCUGACCAGACGGGCGCAGGCCUUGCGCGAUUUCCGGAGAAAACUCGCCAUGGUGGAAGAGUUCACGCCGAAAGUUGACGAUGACCGUUUUUUGCUGCGUUUCCUACGCGCUCGGAAAUUCAAUGUGGAGAAGGCCUACAAGCUGAUGUGCAACUUCUACAAAGUGCGCCUACAGAAUCCCACUUUGUACGUUCCCGUAGGCAUGGGCCCCAGAGACUUCGCUCAGCUCUACGAUCUCCAAUGUGGUACGAUCCUCAAGCACAGGAAUCCGAGGGACGGAACGGCCGUUAUUAUCUGUCGUUUCGGCAAGUGGCGUCCCUCGACUGGACACGGUCCUCUAGAUAUUUACACCCCGGCGGUUUACGCCGGCGAAUUGGUAAUGGAUCUCCCUGAAGUGCAGCUCAAUGGAUUCACCGUUAUUAUCGACUUGCAAGGAUUGGAAUACAGUUGGCUGAUCAGAUACGUGACACCGGAUUACAUAUCCCAAAUGUUGGGCUUCGCCCAGGAGAGCUAUCCGCUGAGCAUUAAGAAGGUGCACAUUGUGAAUCAAUCCUACCUGUGGAAUAUUGGCUUCGCCAUCGGUAAAUCUUUCGUGCCACCGAAAUUGAGGAACAGGUAUUACCUCCACGGGUCCAACAUGGCAUCGUUGCACGAGUACAUUCCCCGAGAAAUUCUCCCAGAGGAGUACGGUGGCCUGACGGGACCUCUGGAUUUCUGGUUCCUCCCCGAGCUGUACGCAAUGCACGACCGCAUUGUAGAGAAUAGUUAUUAUGGAUAUGACGUCUAG